GAAAGAAUUUGAAUUUUUCUGUGCUUCUUCUUACCCGAUGCUCACAGGUUUCCAUACAUAUUGAAUUAAUCGUCGGAAAUUACCAAAUAUAUGAAAAUAGAAUUCAAAUCAAUCGUAAUCUUCGUAAAGUUAAUGAUAAAUAUUUUUAAUAUUUAUAAAACCUAAACAAAAUUAAAGCUAGAAAGGCCUAUCAAAAUUAUACUAACUUUUUAAAUUAUUAUAUAAAAAAUCCAAUGCGGCACCUUUCAAAAAAUUAUCCUUUUUUAAUCACAUCGGAAAACUAAAGUUUGUUUUCAAACUUGCGCUUCUUUUGCAACAUGCUGUCUACAUACGCAACGUAAUUCGUGUUAGAAAAGUGAGAACCACGAUGACAUGUGUUUUUUUCCUAAAUUUAAAAAUCAAUAUUUGUCUCAAGGAUUAGGAAUGGUGUUGGAAGACUGAGUUCUAAAAUCCAUAUGGCUUUUUUCAGUUUGCUUUAAAUAAAGUCACCUGUAAACUUAUGUUUAAAAAUUUACUGAAGUGUCAUCGUUUGAAAGAAUCAGCGAGAAGGGAUACUUUGCAGGUGGCAUAUAAAAUUGUCAUGAAUUAGGAAUGACUUUCUGUCUGGGAUGGCACAAUUCGCGAGAGUUGAACUCCCCUUUUCCAAAGCUUUUCCAAAGCGUCUUCCACUAACCAAGUACUUUCAUGUUGUGCAAAAUUUCAUUUCUUCUCCACAUCGUAAAGACUCACAAAUCUAAGGGAAAUUUUCCAAUGUUUUUCCGCCUCUCUCUCUGUAAAACCCACAAAUUUUUUCCAUCCUCAUUCUACGCGUGAAUGCUUUUUCAAGCUAAAGGUGAGCUUCAUAGAAAAUUCAUUAAACUUUUUUAUUAUUCGGCUCUGCGAUUGGGAAGAAAUUUCUUUGCGUUUACCGAUUGACGAGCUGGAUUUUCUCAUAAUCAACAAUCUGUAAAAUUUGAGGGGAUUUCUGAGGGUAGGGAUGUUCCUUAUUCUUUUAUAUAUCCAGUUUUGGUGGGUGAUAUCGAAUGAUAUUCCUUCGAUGUAAAUCUCAAUUUGGCAACUAAUUUAAAACUUAAGCAUAAUUUAUGUUCUACGUGGUGGUCUUUUUGUUAUGCAAGAAUUUUGGGGUGCGGCGAUGGAUUUUCACUUGAUUUUCCAGCAAUUCUGUUAGAUGAAGUUAUAUAGCAUAAAUCCAUGAGUGAAUCUUUUUGGUGCUUCUACCCAGUAUUCCAGUAGUAUUUGUCCUAUCAUUUGUUUUUAUCCAAACUGGAGGAUCUUCUUCCGGAUUUAGGUUUGUGUUUUCACAUCUUCCGUGAGGGUAUCUUAGUUAAAGCUACAAAUUUCAAUGGAGACGGUAAAAUGGACACUCCUAUGAGGGACAUAAAAUAAUGCUAAAGAUGGUGGUGUGAGAAAAAGCAAUAUAGUGAAAAGAUGAAUCGGUACAUAACACUAAAUCAACUUGGGGAUGGAACUUAUGGCACUGUUGUCCUCGCACAGCGAAAGGACACGGGCGAGAAGGUGGCCAUUAAGCGAAUGAAGCGAAAAUACUACUCGUGGGAGGAAGCGAUGAAUUUGCGAGAGGUCAAGUCCCUCAAGAAGCUCUCACAUGCAAAUGUGGUGAAACUGAAGGAGGUGAUACGGGAAAAUGACAUUCUCUACUUUGUCUUUGAGUACAUGAAAGAGAACCUCUAUCAACUCAUUAAGGAUAGAGAGACACACUUCCCUGAAUCAACAAUACGCAAUAUGCUCUAUCAGGUGCUCAAUGGCUUAGCCUUUAUGCAUCGACAUGGCUUCUUCCAUCGAGAUCUCAAGCCUGAGAAUCUCCUAUGUUCGGGUCCUGAGCUAGUAAAGAUUGCUGACUUUGGUUUAGCUCGGGAGAUCCGAUCUAGGCCACCGUUUACGGACUACGUAUCUACACGGUGGUAUAGAGCACCUGAAGUCCUGCUACAUUCCACCAAAUACGGAUCAUCCAUUGAUCUGUGGGCUGUGGGAUGCAUCAUGUCGGAGUUGUAUACUUUUCGUCCACUGUUUCCUGGUACCAGUGAAGUAGAUCAAUUGUUCAAGAUUUGUUCCGUUUUGGGAACACCCGAUAAGGAUGACUGGCCCGAGGGUCAUCGAUUGGCGUCUGCCAUACAUUUCCAAUUUCCAGCGUGCUCAAAAAUUCCCCUUGACUCCAUUGUAAGUCGUGCCACAGAUCCAGCUCUGCAGGUGCUGGAGGAUUUUCUCAGGUGGGACUCCGACAAGAGACCAACAGCUCAGCAAUCUCUCAAGUAUCCUUACUUCGAACUGGCCAAACCUAGACCGUCUAGUCCAGUGGUAUCUAACUUUAGAACAGUGCCACCAUCGACAAUCUCCCAUGGAGAUCAGUCACUAGAGAAUUGUAUCAAUGUGACACAGUUGUUGAGAAAUAAUCCCAAUAACAAUCCCGAACAGCACGAGAUGAAUAAUCAGAGGAUGUUCUACCUGAACAAUGAACCAAAGAAGGUGGUUAAAGUUGCUCCCAGUGUAACCAGUAGCUCAACAGUUCAGCUAAAGAACAGUGCCAAUCUCAAUGGAUUUGGUCCCACCAUUGGACAGAAUGGGGAGAUUAAUCUUCUCGGAAAUUACAGCCAGCGGAAGAAUUUGCAGCAUGUGAAUGGAAAUACCGGUGGCAACAAGUACACCUUCAACAAUGCCUAUUCCGGUGUCAUUGUGAACACGAAAGCCACUCCGGGUGGUUUUUACCUCCAUCAGCAGCCAAUUGACACCAUUCUCGAUUCGGACUCGGGUCUGGGUGAUGCUCCACGUGUGUACAAUGCCUUCUCCAAGCAGCGCAAUGUUAUGCCAGUGGUGAAUGGUGACGCUGUAAAUCAUCAUCCUGUUGUGACUUUCAAGUCCAAAGGGGUCAUCCCAACGAAUAAGUGGAACAUCGCAGACGACGAAGGGGUGGAUGAUGAUGAUGAAUUGGACAGGAUUCUCGGGAGCAAGAUAAACACAAAGAGAGUUCGAGGGGAUUAUCAGCAGAAACCUCUGUCGUCGAUUAAGCUGGAGGAUUUAUUUGGAACGGUUUCCUUGGGGAAGGACAGCAGUGGAUCGAAAUAUCCCAACACUGUUCCACUUGCCAAAUCCAACAGCUAUCGCAAUAAUCUCAUGCUGAAUGGGCUAUUUGAGGAGGAUGAUGGACGUAGUGCGACCAAGAGGAGUCACUAUUCCAAUCAUCACCAAGAAUUUGUGGUCAACAAUCGAAACAAGUGGGAAUACCAUAUGCCUUUUACUCCUAUUGCCAUUUUCCCUGGGCAAACCUAUCAAAUUAAUUCUUAUCUCAUUUCCAGGUCCUUCUUGAAUCAUCAACCUUUCCGUACGAAUGUGCCCAAUGAAUACCAUAUCAAUGGGGGCGUAAAGGCCUUCCCGUGGGAGGAGAGUGGAAGGAUAAACGAUGGUAAAAGUCUAAGUUGGAUUGUUCGUGAUAUAAGUAUUAGCAUGAUUUAUUACUCAUCCGAAUUUCAUACUAAUUCCCAAAACACUUUUCAUCUCUCUCUCUCUCCCCAUGCUGCGGGGGAUAAAGGUUUUGAAGGUGGUGUCAGCAAGAGGGAAAACAACAAUUCCAACAUUAGGACUGAUUGGACAGCAAAGUACCUGAAUAACUGAAGGUGGAUUGCCAGGAGAGACCGAGAGAGAGACACAUAAAAUCAUUGCAAAUUGAUAAAAUUGCGCUAUACAAUCUGUGAUAAAAUCUCAUAACUAAUUUUGUAUCACUAGGGAUUAAACCACCUCAUUCGGGAUGGACUUAGGUUUAGAGAGACUACAACCUCUGAGUUUGUAAUUAGUCAUUUGUAUAAUGUCAGGACUAUGUAAUGGUUGAUUUUCUUUAGAAAUAUGCAUCACAAAUAGACAAAAUGUUCUGCUCUUAAA